AUGGCGGAUCCUCAACGUGAACUUUGGCGGGAAGCCCGACGACAUAUCGGAGAGUAUGAGGCCCGCAAUAGCGAGCUUACUUUGGAUCUUCAGGCGGCGGGGAGGGAGCUGCAAACCGCCAAGGACGAAGUGGCGGCGCUGGGGAAGGAGAGCCAGGCGCUGCGAACCAGCAAGGACGCGAGCGAUCGUGCCACUCUGGGCGAGCACGACAAACUGCAGGUCCACGGGGUGGCGUCGUUGCGGGAGGAGGUGGAGGCGGCGCUCGUUAAGGCUGCGGCCGAGGAGCGGGAGCGGGACGCGCACCUGAUGGCGCUGCGGACGCACCUGGAGGGCCUGGUGUCGUACUAUUCGAACAAGGGGUCGUAUAUGUACCCUGAGCGUGGCGAAAGCGGUGGUGAUGGUGGCAAGGGCGUCAGCGAGCCGGAAGUCGGCAACGGCCUGGUACUGACGGAACCGGGAGCUGUGACGGUGGCGCCGGAGUUGACGGUGGCUGAGGGUUACGAGGCAGCGGUAACGACAGAAGUGUGCGACGCGCCAGCGGUGAUGGCCGAGGGAUCCUACUCCGAGCACGUGCAGCAUCCCGUGCCUAGCGGCGGGGGAAACACGUUACUUUGA